AUGUCCGGUCGUCAAGGUGGAAAGGCUAAGCCUCUCAAGGCUCCCAAGAAGGAGAAACGGGAGCUUGAUGAUGACGACAUCGCGCACCAGCAGAAGCUCAAGAAGGAGGCUGCCGAGCUCAAGGCCCUCGCUGCCAAGGCAUACACCAACAUCGCCGCGAUGCCGGAAUGGACGGCAGAGCGAAGAGGUUGGUUGGGCGCUAGAAUGCUUGGAACUUGGGAGGUGGUGGUGGUGGCAUUGUGCCACAUGCAACCUCAAGAGUACGAUGUCGGCCCAGGUCCAGGCCCCGGACAUCUGCACUUUGUCGUGCAUUCUGGGUAUCACAAACUGGCAUUUGCGUUUGAGUUUACUCUCAUCCUCAUUUACCGCUGGCGCCGCGGAUCGUGGAUCGUGGGCGUGCAGAGCAAUGCCACAUGCGUCGCUGUAUUGGAGAGAGAUGUCUCUUCUGGCAGAACGUCUCUACGACCCUUGGCCUUCAACUUGGCUUCUGGGGUUGUGGAUGUGCCAGUGAUCGCCAUGGCGCAUGGUGAAGCUGGUCGCAGACACACACGUACUCGCUCGGCGAGCUGGCUACAUGGAGCAACAUACAAGGGACAGGUGGAAGGACACAAACGACGCGUUAAACAAGCCUUGAUUCGACCUCAGCCAGAUGCAACGCUGACACCGCAUACAGCUGGCCAGAAGGGCCCCAUGUCCGGUGGCGGUAUCAAGAAGUGA